AUGAAUCAUAAUAUUGCUUCUCUUUUACCAUCAUUAUCAUCGUCGGAUGUCGAGAAAUUUACAACUGAUUGGCUUAAUGCAUAUGUUUCAUAUUUUGGAAAAUCAUUUCCAUCAUCGAUGACACAUCAACCUUUUCUAUGGGUCAUUCGUUCAUCAUUAUUGAAAAUAUUAGAUUCAUUUGAUUUAUCAAGUAAAGUGCCUGAAGGUAGUGCUACUUUCAAUUCAUUGAUGUCCGCAUGGGGAAAUCUACAACCACGUGUUGGUGCUGCAGAAGUUCUCGCUAAAUUGAGCAGAAAAUAUCAAUUAGGAUUACUUUCCAAUGGGGAUAAAAGUACACUGCAAGCAGCCCUACGUGUGUUUCCAUUAUCAGUAAAUGUUUCAUUAAUAUUAUCAUCAGAUUAUCCAGUCAACUGUUUCAAAACAUGUCCAUCAAUGUAUGCUCAAGCACUAGCUGCAGUAAAUGGUGAUAAGACCCAAGUUUUUCAUAUAGCUGGUUCAGCGUACGAUGCACAUGGUGCACGUACUUUUGGGAUUUUUUCAGGUGCCUUAGAUGCUUCUGCAAUGCAUACUAAUCCUAAACCAUGCUUUGCUUUUAAUGAUAUAUCACAGCUACUUUCAUUCUUUGAUGUUUAA